UGUUUUGAACGGCCAGUACGUGUCCAGUACCAUUGGAAUCUCGGCAGGAAUAAUUUAGAGCCAAAGGCAGGACCACGCGCGUUAUCGGUAGAUAAGUGCGCUCUCAUUCGCGAGAUAGAGCCGCUUGUUUCAGUCUCUAUUCUCCCUUCUUGUGUCAUUUGCUCUUUUUUUUGUGAAUUUAUUCAGUGUCAAGGGAAAGUUGUCGUCUUGUAAAAAGUCAUUUGUAAUGAGCUGACAGUUUGGUCAACAGUUAUUUGUCAGUUCGAGGUAAUUUCGAGACCUGAAGAUGGCAAACCGGAAAAGCUCCGAAACGCACGACUGUCUGAAGAACACGUUUCACUUAAACAGGCACGAAGAAAUAGAACUGCCACCUUUAACUAGCAUUGUCAAUUCAGUCAACCAAAUCCAGUUCAUCAAGCAUAGGGAUUUGCCAGAAAGAGGCACAUGGGCUAGCAAGUUGGAUUUCAUUUUAUCAGUUGUUGGUUUAGCUAUCGGUCUUGGGAACGUCUGGAGAUUUCCUUAUUUAUGCUACAAAAAUGGAGGGGGUGCCUUCUUAGUACCCUACUUUAUUACAUUAAUCUUAGCCGGCAUCCCUAUGUUCUUUAUGGAAUUGGCUUUAGGACAAAUGAUGACAAUUGGUGGAUUGGGCGUUUUUAAAAUAGCCCCAAUUUUCAAAGGCAUCGGAUAUGCAGCAGCAGUAAUGUCGUGUUGGAUGAACAUCUACUACAUAGUAAUUUUAGCCUGGGCAAUAUUUUAUUUCUUCAUAUCUCUUAGAUCUGACGUACCAUGGAGGACUUGUAGCAACUACUGGAAUACAAAAUACUGUGUUAAUCCUUAUGAUAGACGAGGUCUGUCAUGCUGGGAACAAUACAAUCUCAACAACACUUUAACUAAGAUGUGUUCCAUCAAUAAGUACAACGUCACUGUCUCGGAGCUGACAGAUCCAGUCAAGGAAUUCUGGGAACGCAGAGCAUUGCAAAUAUCCGAUGGAAUUGAACACGUGGGUAGCAUCAGAUGGGAGCUUGCCGGAACUUUGCUUUUAGUCUGGAUAAUCUGCUAUUUCUGUAUUUGGAAGGGAGUAAAGUGGACUGGAAAAGUUGUCUACUUCACAGCCUUGUUUCCUUAUGUUCUCCUGACUAUUCUUCUCAUUAGAGGAGUCACAUUACCAGGCGCCAUGGAAGGUAUCAAGUUUUACGUCAUGCCGAACAUGAGCAAGUUGACGGAAUCUUCGGUAUGGAUUGAUGCAGUUACGCAAAUAUUUUUCUCGUACGGUUUAGGUCUGGGCACCUUGGUGGCAUUAGGCAGUUACAAUAAAUUUACGAACAAUGUUUACAAGGAUGCUCUGAUAGUUUGCGUUGUCAAUUCUAGUACGAGCAUGUUUGCUGGCUUCGUCAUCUUUUCUGUUGUAGGAUUUAUGGCCCACGAACAACAGAAGCCUGUUGCCGAAGUUGCUGCCUCUGGACCCGGACUAGCGUUUUUGGCUUAUCCAUCAGCAGUGCUCCAGCUGCCUGGAACACCUUUAUGGGCAUGCCUAUUUUUCUUCAUGAUUCUGCUCAUAGGUUUGGACUCACAAUUUUGUACCAUGGAAGGCUUUGUGACGGCUAUCAUUGAUGAGUGGCCAAAACUUCUUAGAAAAAGGAAGGAAAUAUUCAUCGCAAUAGUUUGCCUCAUAUCAUAUUUAGUUGGUUUAUCAUGUAUAACACAGGGUGGGAUGUACGUAUUCCAGAUCUUAGACUCAUAUGCUGUAAGUGGUUUUAGUUUGUUGUUCCUAAUUUUCUUCGAAUGUAUCGCCGUCUCGUGGGCCUUUGGAGCCAACAAGUUCUACGAUGGAAUUAAGGACAUGAUUGGUUAUUACCCCAUUUCUUGGUGGAAGUUCUGCUGGACAAUCGCCACUCCAGUAAUAUGCAUAGGUGUUUUUAUAUUUAAUCUAAUUCAAUGGACUCCAGUGAAGUACCUGAAUUACGAAUUUCCUUUGUGGGCUCAUUUGUUUGGGUGGUUUACAGCGCUAACAUCCAUGUUGUGUAUUCCUGGAUAUAUGAUAUAUUUGUGGAUUAAAACUCCUGGAGACAAACAAACUAAAUUCCGAUUGCUGGUGCGGAUAGAUGAUGAUGUAAAAACAAUAAGGGCGCGAAUGCAAGCUCAAGCGUUGGGAUCUCCCAUUUAGUUCCUUCAAAAUCAUUAUUCUGGCUAUCGUGAUCCCCACACUUUGUAAUAUUAUAAUACCCUUUUCUGUAUCUAUGUUGGUCCAAAGCAAAUGUUUCAAAGACAGGUUUUAAACAAGUUAAAAUAAUGCAAACACAAUGCUUUGUACUUGCACAGGUCAACGGUAAACAUUAGUCAGUUUCUAAUAGAAGUUUUGUCUGUCCUGACUCGUGCUAGCUAACUUAAUUGGCAUUGUACUGCGAGUUAGCUAACUAUAUGUAUAUUUCAGCCCAAUGUAUUCAGGGCAAAUUCAAAAAUAUUUCAAAAUUUUCGUAUAUUUAUAUCUACUACCGUAUUAGCUAGCCGCUUGAAUAAAGCGCAGCUCUUAACAAUAUUAUUUAGUAAUAUUGUCAAAUAUAGUUAAGUGUAUAUUGUAAGUGUAUUAAUACUUUUUUGUAAUAUUUUUUUAUAUCUAAGCGAAUGAUAUUUUUGUUUAGAUUGUUUGACUUGAUUGAGUGUGUCUAAACUAAAGCAACUUGCAUUGUUUUAAUAUUUAUUGUAUUGUCAUGACAUAUCAGUAUAUAUUUCCAUUUUAGUAUCUUUUUAACUUUAGUUGUAUAUUAUAAUAUUCGACACAGAUUUUUUCUCAAAAUGUUUUGAUUUAUGACCUACUAACAAGACAUAAUCACUCAGUACCUUAAUGUUAGGAACGAAUUGAAUUUAAUCGGCAACGUUUUUCGAAUGCUUAUUGUCUUACCAGAGGCGGGGUAAUGACUUAAUAAUUAUACAUACCUAUGUUUUAGCGCAUAAUUAAAAAAUAUUUAUUUGUAUUUCUAGACACACUAGUAAUUAAUAUUUAAAUUGUUUAUAGAUAUUAAAUGCUUUAAAAA